UAAAGUUUUUCCCGCGCUAUUAGUGAGGUUAGGCUUAAAGUUUUUGAAUUGAAAAACCACUUUUUACAUCUAAAACUGCAUUUAAUAGACAGAAUAUCAUUAUCGGUGUAACUAAUAGAAGUUUUUUAACCGGUUGAUAGUGAUAAGCGUUUUGAGUGGUCAGAUAAAUAAUUGUGUAUACACCUCAGGCUAAAAUGGAUUUCCGUACUUUGGAAGCAAUCGAUUCCCUUGACAAAAUCAAAUGCACUUCUUGUAGAAACUACUUAUCUUAUUUUCCUAUAACGGCAAGUCAGAAUGAAAUAUUAUGUGGGAGGUGCCCUAUAAAAGAUGGCUUUAUUCGAAGCGUGCCUUAUGAGACUUUGGCCCAAUUUCUGCGUUUUCCUUGUCGUUACCAACCGCAAGGUUGUAAUGAAGAAUCACAUCCGGGGGAAAUCCCACAUCAUGAAGAAAACUGCGAGUUUCGGGUAUUCCCCUGUCCUAUGCCAGAACCAGUAGCCUGUGAGUGGGAAGGGCCACGGGUUAAUUUGUUACGUCACUGUCUAAAUUCCCAUUCUGAUUUGGUGUUGCAAAAUGGCGGCAAAUUUGAACUGGAUUUGACACGUCCGUGUACGUUUCGAAAUAUUGUCGAACACAAGAAUGUUUUAUUGUUUUUUGAAAGAAAUUACGAUCCUGAAGACAAAAUGUUUAAAUUUGCACUUUAUAGGAGUCAGUACGACACUGAAACUGAGACUUUUUCCUAUCAGUUGGGAAUUGAGUGCGAGGGCUUGAAUUUAAAUAUCGAUUUAAUGACAGGUCAUCAGCUAAAUUAUGAUUUAAAAGUCAUUGGUCUUGAUUCUUUGGUAAAAAAUGCUACAAAUAAAAUGGCGCUCGGUUAUUUAGUUAUGGGUGAUAUAUGUACAGAGGAAGCACAAGUCUCUGAAGAAAUGCUUUCUAUUUUGAAAUGUUCAAAAUGUUCGGAAUAUGCGAUUCCACCGAUUUAUCAUUGUUCUGGAAAAUGCAACGUUGUGUGCUCAGAAUGUAGGAAUAGUCACCAGGAAAAUUGCACUUCGGCGUUAGCCGGAAAUAUUAGUGUUGACAAACUGGCACAAUUUUUAAAUUAUCCGUGCAAAUAUAAACGAAAUGGCUGCACUUUUAUCGCCAAAUUUCAUAAAAUGAUUCAACAUCAAAUUAUUUGCGAAUUUAGUGAGACAUGUUGUCCAUUGGGCAAAACUUAUUUGAAAUGUAAUUGGACUGGAAUGAGAAAAGUUGUGAUGGCUCAUUUGCAAACAAAUCACCUACUGCAUGUGUCUUCUAACGGAAUGACGUGUUCUAAAAAAAUUAGAUCGUCUGGACAUUACCGAACAAUUAAUUUUGCCAAUCGCGUAUUUAGAUUAUUUUACAAGAAAAUUAAAACCAGUUAUUUUUUUGCAGUUGAAACAAUUGACCCUAGUACCGAUAAUUUCAAAUUUCAAAUUGAAAUCCUAGACCCCUCCGAAUCCGGAAUGACAUUAGUUUCUAGAAAAAUUUGUGCAAACGUGAACGAAAUUUGCUCUUUUACUGACUUGAAAAAUUACUGUACUUUUACUAACAUUACCAAUUUUGAAAAAAACGGUUUGUUAACAUUUAAGGUAACUAUUUUGCAAUAAACUUAGUUGUUUUUAUAUUAAGUUUAUAAUCCUUUAAAUAAAUUUGUAUUUUC